AUGACGGUCCCUUCAGCAGACGUCUCGAUCCUCCACAGAGCAGAUGGCUCAGCACGAUACUCGGCGGCCGGCUACACAGUCGUGGCGGCCGUCAACGGUCCCAUCGAGGUAACACGCCGUGAUGAGCUGCCCCAGCAUGCUGCUCUCGAGGUCAACGUGCGCCCUGCCGUCGGUGUAGGCAAACGUCAUCUCGAAUCGCUCAUCCACUCGACACUACGCGACAUUGUCCUGACGCACAUGCACCCUCGCACCUUGAUCCAGUUGACUCUGCAAAUCGUCAACACUCCUGAGCAGGAGAAUACUCUCCUUGCCUCUUUCGUAAGCCUUUCUCACAUUCCCAUGAGCAACACUUUCACCUCAACUCUCCUGGCCGUUUCAUCCUCGGGCGACCUCUCCAUCAAUCCUGCUCCCAAGGUCUUGCUUUCCGCCUCCUCUGCACACGUAUUUGCUUUUUCGUCGACUGGAAACCUCAUUCUGGAUCUGAGUGAAGGAGAGUUCGAUCUGGAUACCUGGGAGAAAGCACACGACAAAGCAAAGGAGGAAUGCUGCAAAGAGCAGCUGUCAGAAGAUGCCAUGGAAGAGGGAAAGCCUAGCCUACAAGGCUUUGUCGAAAGAGUGGUCGAGGCCAGAGUCGACAAGGAGAGAGCUUGGAAGAACGGCUAG